CUGCAAAAAGAAACACUACCCGGCGAAGCUGCCAACGACCUCCAUUGUGAUCGUGUUCCACAACGAAGCCUGGAGCACGCUGCUCCGCACGAUAUGGAGUGUGAUAAAUCGGUCGCCCCGGCCACUGCUGAAGGAAAUCAUCCUCGUCGAUGAUGCGAGCGAGCGGGAACAUUUGGGCCGCCAGCUGGAAGAGUACGUCCGGACGCUGCCGGUACCGACGUUCGUCCUCCGGACCGGCAAACGGUCCGGUCUGAUCCGUGCCAGACUGCUCGGUGCCAAACACGUCAAGGGGCAAGUGAUCACAUUCCUGGACGCGCACUGCGAAUGUACCGAGGGCUGGCUGGAGCCACUGUUGGCGCGCAUCGUGCUGGACCGCAAGACGGUCGUCUGUCCCAUCAUCGACGUGAUAUCGGACGAAACGUUCGAGUACGUGACGGCGUCCGACCAGACGUGGGGAGGCUUUAACUGGAAGCUAAACUUCCGCUGGUACCGUGUGCCGGCGCGGGAAAUGCAGCGACGCAAUCACGACCGCACGGCACCGCUGCGGACGCCCACGAUGGCCGGUGGACUGUUUUCGAUCGAUCGGGACUACUUCUACGAAAUCGGCUCGUACGACGAGGGCAUGGACAUUUGUGGCGAAAAUCUGGAAAUGUCAUUCCGGAUAUGGCAAUGUGGUGGCAUCCUCGAGAUCUCGCCCUGCUCGCACGUCGGCCACGUGUUCCGAGAUAAGUCACCGUACAUUCCCGGCGGUGUGGCGAAUAUCGUGCUGAAAAAUGCGGCCCGCGUCGCCGAGGUGUGGCUGGACGAGUGGAAAGAGUUUUACUAUCAAAUGAGUCCAGGUGCCCGGAAAGCAUCCGCAGGUGAUGUCAGUGAGCGACGGGCGCUUCGAGAGCGUCUGAAGUGCAAGAGCUUCCGAUGGUAUCUGGAAAACAUCUACCCCGAAAGUCAAAUGCCACUGGAUUACUACUUCCUUGGCGAGAUUCGCAACGUGAAAACGCACAACUGUCUCGACACGAUGGGCCGCAAGUCGAAUGAAAAGAUUGGCAGCAGCUACUGUCACGGGCUGGGCGGCAACCAGGUGUUUGCGUACACGAAGCGUCACCAGAUCAUGUCGGACGACAACUGUCUCGAUGCGUCGAACGCGCUCGGACCGGUCAAUCUGGUCCGGUGCCACGGGAUGGGCGGCAAUCAGGAGUGGAUCUACGACGAUGAGGAAAAAACGAUCAAGCACGUUAACAGUGGCAACUGUUUGACGCGCGCAUCGGAGGACGACCCAUCGACACCGCUGUUGCGGCCGUGCAACUACUCCGAAGGCCAGCAGUGGCUGAUGCAGUCCAAGUUCAAGUGGCAGGCACACCACGGCGACAACCGUAUCGGUGAGGACAGAUAAGACGCACUGUACCGUGUUCGAUCCGGUGUCGUACAGCGCCCGUCCGGCCAGCGGCAAACCGGCACCAUCGAACGCUACGGAAGCAACAUCGGUAGCAGUGGCAGUAGCGAUAGCAGCAGUAGUAGCAGCAGCAGCAGCAGCAGCCGAAGCCGUAACAGCAGCAGUAACCACAACUAUCAAGCAACUAUCAAGCGUGCACACACGGGUGGUGUCGGUAUGAUGCCGACAAACCGUUGAAUGCAUCGAUCAAUCCACUGUGCAGCAGUGUAGGUGAUGUAAAAUUUGUACGGGAAGUAAUACGACGAACUCUCGAACUCGUCCUGCCAUUUGUAUUCCCCUGGUGUUCCUGGUGCCGUGACACGGGUAACUAGUGUGAAGCGUGGAGAGAGGGAAUGUAUCAUUAUGACAGGACACUAGACUCCCUCUCCUCGCUUUUAUCCCUGCCAAUAGUCUGUCUGUCAGCGGGCGCUAUCAAAAGGCCCAACGAAAGUGCGGGCAGCCGUUACAGCACGUCCGUCUCCUGUGAGAAUUCCAUUUUUGUAGUAUAAUUUUUAUUCGCACCUGCAUCGGUUGCUUUCAGUCUGACGGUGUACGUUAAGCACAUAGAUUUUAAUGGUCCAAUUGUUAUUGUUUGUCGCACACUUGUAAUUGUUUGUUUAACGUUGUUUCUUGUAUUGGAUCUUUCAGUUCGGAGCAGCAUUAAGCUUAGAUUUCUUUGAAGCUGCUGUAACUAGAUUACUGUCGUUUUGAGAUUUUGUUUUCUUAUAUAAGUACCAACAAACUCCAACCAGGAAGUCGAAGAAAAUUAAUACACACACACACACACAAACAAAAAAUACAUAUCAGUUUGUAGUGAAGCACGCACCAGCCCACUCUAAAUCCUUUUUUUUUUGCAACGCUUAGGCUAAUUGUUUUAUCAGUUACCUUUUUUAUGUUUUAUUCCAUGUGUUAUUAAGGAAUGGUGCGAUAGACCCUCCCGGGAAGAAGAGAAAACAAAAACUUUAACAAACAAAAAACCGCAAUGUUGGACCAUUUGCAUUUAUAGAAAGCAUGCGCAUAGUGAGAGUGAAUGUGUCGGAUGAUGGGGGAAGAAGAAAAGUGGCAACAGGCACGGAAUUGAUGAUCGCCGCUUUUCCACAGCAUUAAGCGUCGUAUUAAGCGGACGAAUAAUCGCUUCAUAAUGGUCGACCACGUGAAGCGCAAGUGCAUGAUGCUGAGGCACGAGGCACACCACGUCCGUCUUGUACAUACAAUAUAUCAACCAGAAAGGGAAGCAAAUAGGGUAGACACACACGUACACACCACAUAGUAAAUGGGUGCAGAUGCAGGAUAAAGGAUAAACAAAAACGAUCACCACCUAUCAGUGGGAAAUGAUAUCAUUUAUUUGUAGUAGAUGACGCGAUCCCUUUAAAAUAAUCAGUAACACGAGAGUGUGCAAGAAUGUGAAAUGUUUCUUGUGGUAUUGAAGGCAAAAAAAAACUCAAGCAAGCAACUGUGAGGGAGUAGUAAUCGAAAUGAUAAGAUGAGUAAAAUGGAGAAACGUGAUCAAGCACCGCAUAGGAGAGAGAAAUAGUGAAUAAGUAAACCUGCAAAUGUGAAUGUAAAACACACACACAAACACAACUAAAAACAAGAGCGCGGACGAAGAAGAAGGAGCUGAAGGCGAAAAAAACGGCUAAGAAAUGUCAUGAAUGGCAAAUGAUAUAUACAUAUAGAUAUAAUAAUUUGUAUAAAACAGAGAUAUUAGAAGAAACUUCUCAAGAGAAUUUUUUGUGGCGAAAGCGGAGAGAAAAGGAGACGAAAGUGUGCGAAACGCAACUAUCAUUGAUAUGAGGCAUAGCACUGUCUAGUGGCGCACAAUCGAGCACUACCGUACACACAUAUCGUUUGUACGUGGCGUGCGUAUGUAAGAAAACAAGGCAACAAAAGAAGGAACAAACAAAAAAAAAGAAACAAAUGUCCCGCUACAGAGUGGCAAAAAACAAACCAAUAUCCCCGGGCUGGCCAAGCAAAACAAUCGACAUCGCUACCGUUUGGGGGAUGUGUGUGACCGUGUUGGCACACAGAAACACAGUUUUAAUUAGUUCUUCCAUUCGUUUUAUGCUUUAACACUUAAGUUCCACCUUAGUAUCAGCAA